AUGGCGGCGGCCGCCUGCGUGCCGGUGCGGGUUUGCCACCAGGAGAUCGUCAAGUUCGACCUGGAGAUCAAGGCGGCCGUGCAGGACAUCCGGGACUGCCCGGGGCCGCUCAGCGCCCUCACGAUGCUCAACGCCGCCGUGAAGGAGAAGUUCCGCCACCUCCGCGGCCGCAUCCAGGAGCUCGAACAGAUGGCAAAGGAGCAAGAUAAAGAGUCGGAGAAACAAGCCUUACUGCGUGAAGUGGAAAACCAUAAGAAACAAAUGCUCAGAUCUUGUUUUGCAAAUACGGUCGCUGACAUGAUGCUGUUUUGCCCAAGACCAAGAGAGGAUCAGGGAUGGAAAGGCAACCAGGCAGCUUGGAGAAAGGCAAAUCUAGCUUGCAAAAUUGCUAUCGACAACUCUGAGAAAGAUCAACUGCUGCAGGGAAGAGACUCCUUCAGACAAAGGAAGACUACAAAGGAAAGUCUGGCAGAGAGCGCAAGUAACAUCACAGAGAGUCUGAUGGGCAUUAGCAGGAUGAUGUCACAGCAAGUCCAGCAGAGUGAGGAGACCGUGCAAACCCUAGCCAAUUCUUCACGAACCAUCCUGGAAGCGAAUGAAGAAUUUAAGUCCAUGUCUGGGACGAUUCAGUUGGGACGAAAGCUAAUAACAAAGUACAAUCGCAGGGAACUGACGGACAAGCUGCUAAUCUUUCUCGCCCUUGCCUUAUUCCUGGCCACGGUGCUCUAUAUUUUGAAAAAAAGACUCUUUCCAUUUUUGUAAAAUUCCAAAGCUAAACUGAACUAUUACAAAAGAUCAGAAAGAGGUGGCAUAAAAACAGUAGGGCUUUUAAAUAAAAUAAUAAAGGGAUACUGCAAUAGGUGAAAGAGCAUUAGAGCAGACAUGACUUUAUACUGUCCCCAUGGAGCAUGCGACCUGCCUAAGAAGAGCGUAAAUGAGCACGAGUUGGGAAGAAGCAGGAAAGAAGAAACAGCAACUUGCCUGUAGGUUUGGGGAGCCAGACAAAUGCUUGAGGAACUAGGCACUCGAAGGUACCAGUCUUAACUUUCAACCUCUCUUCGUUUUGCCUUGAAAUUAACUUUUGUCCUGGGCUUGGACUAGAAGCUGCUUUGACAUCUGUGUGUAAGGUGCUGAGAGUAAGAGGAAGGAUGGAAGAGAGAAACUCACAUACAUUCCGUUAAUAAACUAUUUAUUGUAUCCAUGUAAACUGAGUUUUGUGUAAAAACAAAGUAUAAUGGAUUGAAAGAGCCUGAACAACUUCCAGUGUAAAAAUUCUGCUUACUACUUAACAGCAGUGGUUGCUUAUGGAUUGUUUUUUCUGGGAGCAUAGCACACAUGCGGUCUGGCUCUGUUCCUCUGGCCUUGGGAGGGCUCUGACCAAAGCAAAAAUGGGAGCCCCAUUUGUAUUAAUUCAUGCAAUAUAUUUGAAAAUUACAUUGCCAAGCCGUUGAAAUCAAAAGUCUUUUUGCUCCUUUUCUUUAUAAAAUUCCACUUAAUACUUUAUAUUUGCAAAAUACUGCCAAGUUGUAUGUUUGAAAGUUUUUCUUGCUCAUACAGUUUAUCUUUUCUCAGUUAGUAAAAUCUUUUACAAUGAUUACCUCCCCUAUCUCUUGUGCUUUAGUAAUGGGAGUUGAUUUACUUUAAUAAGCAAACCUGCCACACUCCGUGUAGUACCUUGAAGUACCAAAAACUGCACUGCAGUGUUCUGAAAACUGAUGUUGCCUUCCCCUCUGGAAAUUGUUUCAUUGCUUCUUCAGAGCUGACUGGUAAAGUUGACAUGCUGUUUAGGAACAGAAUGGUUGAAUACUGCCUUAAUUUAGUAGUUAAACUUUUUUAAAAUGCAGUGCUACAUAUAUCCUAAGAAAUACAAUGUCAAGCAAAUUGCAGUAUGUAAGUUUAUGUGAAAUUUGAGGCUAGGUUACCUUUGUAGUUAGUUCUCAAUAGUACGUUUAGAGAGAAGAGGUGACCAGUCGAUUAUCUUGUCAUUGUAAUACUCAUUUACUAGAUCUUACCAGUAGUCACAAUUUACCCUUUUGCUGGCAGCUGCUACAAGCUUGGUUAAAUACAGAAGUGGCCGUAGGUUGUAGUAAUGCAAACCAGAGUAUGGGACAGUUGAAGCGGUGAUUGCAUGGCUAUGUGCAUAAACAAGAAAAGUUGGAAUUUGUAAUCGAGUGCAAAAUCAAGGGCUCUGCCUGAAGAGUUGAUACAUGAGCCUUUCUCCCUGGAGUAGUAACAAGGGGUUUGGAAACCUCUGCACUAGGAUUGGUACAUCCCGCAGAGGGCACUACUGCAUGGGAGUGGAGAGCGUUUUCUUGCUCUGGAAGUCCUGUAAUAUGCAGACUAGACAGAAUGGAUGCGGCUUUUUCCGUAUCGUUUGUUCAUCGUAUUUCAGUGCAGCCUUCCUAAUAGCCUUUCCUGAGAUACAGAAUCACACAAAGACUGAAAUAAAUUGACAAUGUCCAUGUUCUGGUUUUGAAUAAGAGAGAAAUUACUCGGCUUAAAAAAGAUACAUUGCACAAAGUCAACGCAUGUGUGUUUUUUAAUAAUAACAAAAGCCUUGCUUUGGAAGAAGUCUUCUGAUGAGCAGGCUGCUAACCGAGGAGAGCGUUGUGUAGUCUGCAAGUUGGAGCCACAAUGGAGCAAGUUUCAUCCAGCUCAGUGAUACUGGCUGUUGCCUUUCAUACGUAUCAUCUCUAGUGUCAGGCUCCUGCCCUCUCUGGAGCCCACUCAUCCCUGUGCUCCUCUGCACAGAUGUGUACAAACAUACAAAGGGUGAUAAAAGUGCGUCCACCUGUCCCCCAGUCUUGGAAAA